AUGGAGAAGAAAGGAACGAUUCUGAUGCAAAAGUAUGAGCUCGGACGCUUGCUCGGACAAGGCACAUUCGCUAAGGUUUACCACGCCAGAAGCCUGAGCUCCGGCGAAAGCGUGGCCAUCAAAGUCAUCGACAAAGAAAAGGUGAACAACAACGGCUUGAUGGACCAAAUCAAGCGAGAAAUCGCCGUAAUGCGGCUGGUGAAACACCCCCACAUCGUAAACCUUCACGAAGUUAUGGCCAGCAAGAGCAAGAUCUACUUCGCCAUGGAGUACGUCAAAGGCGGCGAGCUUUUCGACAAGGUGGCGAAAGGAAGGCUCCGGGAGGACUUGGCGCGGAAGUACUUCCAGCAGCUGAUCGGGGCCGUCGAUUAUUGCCACAGUCGCGGCGUCUACCACCGCGAUUUAAAGCCCGAGAAUCUGCUUCUCGACGGGAAUGGUGAUCUCAAGGUGUCGGAUUUCGGGUUGAGUGCUUUGCAGGAUUCAAGACGGCAGGACGGGCUUCUCCACACGACGUGCGGGACCCCGGCGUACGUCGCUCCGGAGGUGAUCCACCAGAAGGGUUAUGAUGGGGCCAGGGCGGAUAUCUGGUCUUGUGGGGUGAUUCUGUUUGUGUUAAUGGCGGGGUAUCUUCCUUUCAGUGAGCAGAAACUGAUGGACUUGUAUAGGAAGAUUUUCAAGGGGGAAUUCCGGUCUCCGCAGUGGUUUGCUUUGGAGGUUCGGAAGCUUCUUUCGAGGAUUCUCGACCCGAAUCCGAGCAAAAGAAUUAGCAUUGCCAAGAUUAUGGAGAACAGGUGGGUGAAGAAGGGUUUUAAGCAUUUUGGUCAAGCUCAAUUACCCUCUAAUUCCAAUGACAAGACGUCGAUGAAUUCAGGGGUAGUAGAAGAAAUGACAAAGGCAGAUCCUCCUCUUCCUAUGAUCAAGACUAGUUAUUUCAACGCGUUUGACAUAAUAUCUCUUUCGCCGGGGUUUGAUCUCUCCGGCUUGUUCGAGAAGGAUAAUCUGAUUCCAAGGCUGCCUGCGAGGUUCACCAGCAAUAAGCCCGCCUCGGCAAUUAUCUCCAAGUUCGAGGAAAUCGCGGCGACGGAGAGGUUUAAGCUUGAGAGGAAAGAUGGAACGGUUAAGUUGCAUGGGAGAAGGGAAGGGAGGAAAGGGCAGCUCGGGAUAGAUGCCGAUAUUUUCGAGGUAACGCCGUCGUUUCAUGUUGUGGAGCUGAGGAAAACGGCCGGUGAUACGUUGGAGUAUAUGGAAUUUUAUGACCAUGGCUUGAAGCCUUCUCUUAAGGACAUAGUUUGGACUUGGCAAGGUUGUGCAGUCGAGGGUCAGCAAGAAUAA